UUGACUUUUUACAGUCUAAGGUCUCUAUUCAGUGUCUUGUCACAUAAAUUUGAAAUUAGAAAGAUUUGUAUUAGUGAAAUAAAACAAAACAUGAUUCAUUUGGCGGUAUCUGCUCCAGGCAAAGUGAUUUUAACUGGAGAACACGCAGUGGUAUAUGGAAAAACUGCGUUGGCGGCUAGCUUAGACUUGCGUACGACCGCUGAACUAACCGAGUUACCCGACUUUUCAAAUUCAACAAAUAUCAAAAUAGAAUUUCCUAAUAUAAAUCUGUUUGUAAACAUACCGUUUCAGAUAUACAAGAGCUACUUUAGUAGCAAUAAUUUUAAUUUUGACUUUAGCACAAAUAGUGAUCGAUUGCACAGACAAGUAGAAGAGUUUCUUCCUUUAAGCGGUGUACUCGUAACGCCACAGCAAAAGUUAAGCUUACAAGCAUUGUUUUAUUUGCUGGUAUAUAUAGCUCACGAAGAACGAAUAAAUGUUAAACCUUUUCGCCUUCAUUUGUUUACACAAUUAACGAUUAACUCGGGCUUGGGAAGUUCAGCUUCAUUCGCAGUAUGUCUCGCGGCAUGCUUUUUGCGAUGGUCGCGUUUGCAGAAAAACAUCAUUAUUGGUUUUGAAAAAAAUGAUCUCGAAAAUAUCUCAAAGUAUGCUUUGAGUUGUGAGAAAAUCAUGCACGGUGAGCCUUCUGGGAUCGAUAAUAGCGUGUGCACAUAUGGAUCAAUAAUAGAGUUUCGACGAGAUGAGCCAGUAAAUGUAUUAUCAGAAAUCCCAAGUAUGGAGAUUCUUUUAGUUGACUCAAAAAUUAUGCGGAAUACAAGAGAUCAGAUAACGCGAGUAAUGGAGCUGAAACAGUCGUUUCCCGAGAUUGUUAAGUCUAUUUUGAACGGUAUCGAUGAUGUAUCAAAAGCGGUUCUUGAAGAAAUUAACGUAAUUUGCAACAUAAAUCUGGAUCAUCCUGAACCUCUGUUGGUAGAACAUAACAAAUUAGGAACUCUCAUACACAUGAAUCAAGGAUUGCUGAGUGCACUAGGAGUAUCGCAUCCAAAGCUAGAUAUUAUUUGCUCAAUCGCGCAAUAUCAUUCAUUAUAUGGAAAACUCACAGGUGCUGGUGGAGGUGGAUAUGCAUUUAUUUUAUUGCCACCAAACAUUUUAGAAGAAGUCGUCGCAAGUGUAACAGAACAAUUAAUUGCAGAAGGUUUUAAUGUUACAAGAACCAAAUUAGGUACCACUGGAGUAAAAAUUGAAUAAUAACCUGUUAAAAUAUCAGUGAUAAAUACGAAAUAACAAAUAUCAAUGUUCAAUAUUUUCAAUAUUUUAGGCUGCGUUUUAAUAUUUAUUGUCAGUGCAUUGUAAAUUUAUAGUACAUCCUUGACGUGAACUAUUAAUGUAGCAAUGAAUGGCAGAACGCAACUGUUACAGUUGUUUGAUGUGUGUAUUACACACACACGCACACACACACACACACACACACACAGAGAGAGAGAGAGAGAGAGUAAAGUGUAUUAUAGGGUAAAGAUGCCUAUUAUGAGAUAGUCACCUAAUACGAGAUAGCGAACUAUUUCAUGUAAACGGCUACAAAUUCAUAACUAUAUAUUUUUAACACAUUACUUGCACAAAAACAUCAAAUUUUUUGUUAGUGUCACUGCCGAAGGUGACGUGGUUAGGUGACGCUUACGCGCACAGAAGAAAAAUAAUCAUUAUAACUUUAAGAUAUGUAUUUAACACUUUUAUGUCAUAGGAUUUACUGUCAUUUCAAUUCACUCAAAUGUACACAUGCACUAUAUAUAAGAUAUUUAUCACGUAGUUUUGUCAAUUUAUUGCAUAUUUUAUCGGUAUAAAACUUAAACUUUCUACAAUUUUAUAUGCCUUAAUAUGAGACACUAACCCGCUCUUAAUAUGAGGUACUUUAUAUUAGGAACUGUCAAGUUCUUUAUUUGAUGUAUUAGGAAGUUUUUAGUAAUCAUAUUUUUAGAUGGAGGCAAAGAAGAGGCAAUCGUAGUCUCACAGUCACUUAAAGGCUGUUACGGCAGUAAGAAGCAAAAAAAUGAAAUAUUCAAAAGCAUCUAAACAAUUCAAUGUCCCUAAGCAUACUAUUAAGCGAUAUGUUAAGAAUCUGACGAUAGUUCUGUUGCUAAAAACUUCCUAUAAGAAAGAACCCAGCAAACAGAAUAUAUCAGCUAUAUAACAUAGAAAUAACACGUAAUAUAACGGCUGUUAUACUCUAUUAACAUCAGUCUUAUAUAACUUCUUUUUAUAAUUGUCAUAUAAUUGUGUUACAUAUUUAUUAUAUUGCUUUGUUAUUACCUGGCAAUGACAUUAUAACAGCAAUAAAAUUGAUAUGGAAUAUGUUACAUAACAAAUGUUAUCUGAACUCAACAUUGUUUGCUAUUUAACAUUAUUUAUCAAUAUAUA